AUGAGACUACGAAGUUGUCGGCUAAGAGCCCAUGAUUCCUUUAUGAAGGGGCCGCCAGGGUUCCGACUCCCAUUGGGCUUCACAAAAGCCCAGAAAAGAAAAGCUUUGUGUUCUUCGUCCUGGAAAUGGAGAAUUUUUAAUUCUGAAGGUGGAGCUUAUGGGCUGGAGCAGCCUCUGUUGGCUUUCCUGCUCGCUGGAGGGUUAGCCGAAGUUCCGGCCUACUUAUAUGGCGCCGGUGAACAUCAUCAAAGGGCUAACAGAGUUUUUUCAUGCACUGUCAUGAUCGAAACCUCGUUGGGCAUGUAAGUUCUUACAUUUUUUAAUUUUAUCCAAGCACAUUUGUUCAGUGUCAAAAGUGUAUUUUUCUUGGUCAAAAUUUCGAUGUUUGUUUAUUAUGUAGUCUUCUUGUCAUUCUUAAAACUUGAUUGGGACUUUCGAACUCAGAACUGCUUCAUUGUAUAUCCGACCACCA